CUGAACGAAACCAUAAUCUAAGAAAUGUUUUUGAUAACAACCACAGGUAUUAGAAAGUAGAAGCUAAUUCUUGACGCAGAUUAAAUUAAUUGAAUUGUGAAACAAUGAACGAAAGGGAGACAGAUUUAAUUAACAGACUGGAGCAUGUCAAAGAAAUUAGAUCUAAGACUGUGCAUCUGGAGAAAGUACGCAGCAAACUACGCCAAGAGUUUGAGAACACAGAAAAUGAGGAGAAAAGGCUAGAAGAGUAUAAGCAAGAAAUGGAGUUACUACUCCAAGAGAAAAUGGCACAUGUUGAAGAAUUACGACUAAUUCAUGCUGAUAUAAAUUUGAUGGAGACAACCAUCAAACAAGCUGAAGAGGAAAGAAACCGAUCUCUAGAGUCAACCAAAAAGUUGUAUGAGGAGUUCCGUCCCCUGAAAGACGAGGUGGAUCAAAUGAGAGGAAUUAUGGGAUUGGAGAAACUGCCCGACCUACAGGAGGAAGAGGAAAAACUUACCCCUGACUUCUUUGAGAAGCAGAACACAGAGUGGACCAGUGAGCCCCAGCCAGAACCUCCCAUCCCCCAGACUAUAUCUGUCCCUCCCGCCACACCCACACAGAUACAGGUACCACGGACCCAGAAACCCCCUGAGCCCAGACAACAAUCAUUCCGACAACAACCACCUCCCAUGAAGGCUUGCCUCUCAUGUCAUCAACAAAUUCACCGAAAUGCUCCGAUAUGUCCGCUGUGCAAGGCAAAGAGUCGUUCCCGCAACCCUAAGAAACCAAAGAGGAAGUUGGACGAGUGAGAGCAAAAAACCGUUACCACAGCAGUUCAUGUGUACUAGUAGUAGUAGACAGGUAGAUGGCGUCUCUAGCAGACAGAUAGGCGGUGCCUGUGGGAGUGACUGGGAAGGAGCCAGCAAGCCUUAGUCAGGGUCCACCCCAGGGAGACUACAUGUUAGUGUGUGUAUAGAUGAGGUACUGUAGGCUUCAUGUAGAAAGCUUUGGCAAACAAUAUUUAUAAACUCCAGGAUUUAAACUAAACAGAAAACAAAAUUAUCGUUAUGAAAUAACUUACUACACUAUGUGUUCAACAAUCAGUGUCCAAGAUAUACCUAUAGGUUAUAUAUGUAUUGUUUUUUCUGUAAAGUUAUGCUGCUGAACUGUGUAUUUCGUUUUGAGUGAUUCUAAAAACUGAUAUAUCAUAUUCCUAUAUUGUACAUGUACUACGCAAAUGACAGCUGAACAAUAUAUUAAAAUUUUUAUACAUGAUUUACAUGAGGGUUGUGAAGUUUAAGACUGUAUCUUGAAACCAUUCAGCAUUACUUGUUUCAUUUUCACCUUGCAUUGUAAAAUACAGCUUGUGCUUCACUGUUUUAAGUUGCAGAUAUUUUGUCACAUUUUCUUUUUUAUUAUCAUGAUGUAAGCAUUCAUGUAUUUAGAUUUUCUUUUUUUUUAGUAAAAUAUUAAAAAAGAAAAUUAUUUUAUUUUAUCUUUUCACUGUAGAAGAAAAAUGAAGAGAAUUCUUGCAUGCCAAACUUCUCCGAAAUAUUUUUAGAAGUAUUUAUCUGCAUUUUUAUCACUGUUUAUUUAGCUUAAAUACAUGAAAUAUGAGGGUUGUUUUGAAAAAUCAGUCAUAGUGUAAUGAAAAAAAGAAAAUAAUGCAUGCACCAUCCAAAUUUA